UUGACACUUCGGCUCUCCCCGUUUAUUCUGUGCGCACUCAACGGACCAAAGAAUGAGGCGAACAAUGGGCAGGACGAAAAUUUGGAUUAAUUCUAUCUGAAUGCGAAACUUUUUAUUCGAAAAAUGAACUGGCUGUUAGGUCGAUGGAUUAUUUUUUCCAUAACAGUCUGUGUGUGUGUGGGGGUGCAGGUGACGGUUCGGGAGAAGAAGCGUUUCGCCAUGCUCUUCCAGUCGGUGGUGCUCGAGUGCCAGUACCACACGCCUUCUUCCCAGACCCCUGUGGUGCAAUGGUGGUACAAAUCCUACUGCCAUGACCGCACACGAGACUCCUUCACUUUUCCCAAGAGCUUUGGGGUCCAGGGGUCCAAGUUGGGCACCGCAGCCCACCUGGAGUGCUCCGACAGCAGCCGCACCGUCCGCAUCGUAGCGUCCGGCCAGGGACCCUCCAUGACGCUGGCUGAGCACUACAAGGGCCGAGACAUCGCCAUCAUCAACAAGGCGGACUUGCGGAUUGGGAAGCUGCAGUGGGGCGACAGCGGAGUGUACUUCUGUAAGAUCGUCAUUGCCGAUGACCUGGAGGGGAAGAAUGAGGGCCAGGUGGAGGUACUGGUGCUGGGUAGGACAGGUGUGCUGGACGAUCUCCUGCCAGAGUUUGAUGUGGAGAUUAUGCCAGAGUGGACGUUUGUGGGAUCUGUAGUCCUGGGCAGUAUCUUGUUCCUUUUGUUGAUGGGGAUCUGCUGGUGUCAGUGCUGUCCUCACUCGUGCUGCUGCUACCUCCGCUGCUGCUGCUGCCCCGACACCUGCUGUUGCCCACGUCACCUCUAUGAGGCGGGGAAGAUGGCAAAGAGUGGCCAGCCACCCCAGAUUGCUGUGUACCCCCCCUACUAUAUCCCUGGGGUCCCCACCAUGGUCCCCUUUGCCCCUCCGUCCCUCGCAGACCCUAAGAUGCUCUCCUUCCCCUCAGUGGAGAAGAACCUAGCUGGGGUACGCAGUGGCUAUCGUCUCCAGCCCAAUCACAGUCAGGACUCUAUGAAGGUUCUGUACUACGUGGAGAAGGAGCUGGGACAGUUUCCCUCUGCCAAGAUGGCUCCUCCACAAUCCAGUAGCCUAUCAGAGCUCAGCUCUCUGCAUGAGGGAGGGGACACGGAUUUCCGGCAGACCUAUCGGACAGUCCAGAUGAAAGCUCUCCCGCCCAUCGCUGACCUAGAUGACCAAUCAGAACUCAUGGUAGCUCCCGUGCACAACAGUCGUCGACCCAGGCAUUACCGUGGCAACGACACGGAUGACGAACAUAAUAGCAGGUGGAACCCUCGCUCUGUGCACCUGGAGAGGAAGACAUUGGGCACCAGGGGGCGUACCGGCUCUCUGGAUGAGUUGGAGGAGUUUUCUAUGUCCUACGGCCCCCGUGCCUGGAGGGGCGAGCCCCGAGACCAGGACAGGGACUACGACCUGGCGCUACGGGUGCGAGAGCACUAUCCUCCCUACUGGGACCACAGACCCCCUCGCCGUUUUCAUGGAGACCAGGACAACAACUGGCACCCCCGCCGCAGCCCCCCUCCCUCGCCGCAGAAGAGGAGGGACACGUGGGAUGGCGAUCGCAAUCGGCCCUCUCGCCCCCACCAGCACACCCAUGGGGAGAGGGGUUACGAUUACGUUUUCCUCAAUGACCUAUUGGAGCAUAAGGCGAGGGGGAGGGCAGGAGAGAAGGGGGAGAGGGGCGAGAGACGAAAGGGGUGGGCUGAUGAGGAUAGUGACACUCCCUCCAAGGGCAGUGAUGGUUUCUACAGACAGUCAUCUAGCACCCGGCCCGAGGAGGAGGACUCUUUGCCUCCAUACUCGGAGCAGAAGGUGGAAAGGUAUCAGACGAUCAACCCAACCGCUGAACGUUACCGCACGGUCGAACCGCCCUCAGAACGGUACCGGACCACUGACCCGUCCAUGCAACCGUUCUCCUACACCCGUCCCCCUAAAGGACUAGCACACGCCGUACAGGGGGCCCGAGAGGAUAGGGACAGGAACCGAAAUAUGACCCCUGCUCUGAGCAGAGACUCUCUCACAGUUUGAUACACCAGAGAGAACCCAAGCCCGUGCCUGCACAGCACUGCACUGCCAAUAUUGAGAAUCACACGUCACUCACUUAAAACAUCAUGCAUCAGCUUGGUAGAGACUAACUGCACAUCAGGCAUCAACCACAUGGAGAGAGGCGUAUCCAAUAGAAGGCUUCUUUCCACAGAAGGAUUGGAAGGCACCUUGCAUGGAUCAUGAAAAGACAAUGGAAUGUGCAUUGUUUAUGCAUGAAUUGAGGAACAUUUGGAAAAUAUUAUUGUAUGUGUUUAGCGUGCAUGCAUAUAUACCAUUUCAAUGGGUAUGUACAGUGAGGGAAAAAAGUAUUUGACCCCUGCUGAUUUUGUACGUUUGCCCACUGACAAAGAAAUGAUCAGUCUAUAAUUUUAAUGGUAGGU